GAAAGUGUGGCGCAUUAGCGUCCUCAAGUAGCCUCUUCCCACGCUUCUAUCUUUACCGUUUUCACCUCACCAACUCGCCGUCUUCAUCGUCGUCGCCUGCUCCCCGAGAAGACAUAAAGAGAGUCUCGAGGGCCCGUCGUAUUCGCGUCCUCGCCACCCCUUCCCAGGCCACGCCGCCAUGUCUUACCUCGCAGCGACCGUCUCAUCGGCGGAGCCCCGCUCCUCGCAGCAGCAGCAGCAAGAAGGAGACAUCGAGCAGCAGCAGCAGCAGCAGCAGCAGCAGCAUGGCAAUGUAGCGUCGCAUGCUACCUCCAACGAGCGCGCAGAGAAGUCUUCUUCCUCGUCCUCUUCAUCCUCCCUCAAGCAACCACACCAACAGCCCUUCUCCUCCUCGGCAACGAUCACCUCGCGCAUCCCCCUGCUUCGACCCCUUCAACGCAUCGGCGAGCGACUCGGCCACUACCAUGUCGAGUCGGUUAGCGUGGCACCUGUACCGCUGGAGGCCCGCACGGAGAAGAAGUGGUGGAGUGUAGGGCUCCUCUGGUUCAGUGCCAACUUCAACGUCCUCUCCUUCUCUACGGGUACGCUCGUGUCUACGCUGGAGUUGUCUGCUGCGGGCGCCUUCUGCACUAUCGUCUUCUUCUGCCUGUUCUCGGCACUCUUUCCGGCCUUCUUCGUCACCUUUGGGCCCAGACUGGGCAUGAGGCAGAUGAUUCAUACGCGAUACAGCUGGGGUUGGUUCGCCCCUCUGAUUGCCAUCCUCAACGCCGCAUCUCUCUGCGGUUACACAAUUCUCAACUGCAUCCUCGGAGGCCAAACGCUCAGCGCCGUCUCCCCCAACGGCAGCCUGACCCCGACAGUGGGCAUCGUCAUCGUAGCCAUCGUCUCCCUCGUCGUCUCCUUUAUGGGCAUCCGCGUCCUUCACGCCUUCGAGCGCUGGCUCUGGGUGCCUGUGCUCAUCUGCUUCUGCAUUCUGGCGGGACUCGCCCGCUCUGGGCCUUCGGGCUUGCACUUCCCCACACCAGAGCCAGCAACGACGUCCGAGGGCGUCUUGGCCAUGGCCAGUAUCGUCAUCGGAUUUCUCGUCUCGUGGAGCGGUAUCGCUUCAGACGUGUCAAGCUACAUGGACCCGGCCACCACGCCCACCUGGGGCCUCUUUGGCGUAACCUUCCUUGGCUUCUUCCUCGGCUCAUGCCCCCUCUUUCUCCUUGGCGCAGCGUUUGGUCUCUCCUCCCUCGACAACCCAGCGUGGGAUACAGCCCUCUCCGAGAGCAACGGCGCCCUCUUCAACUUGGUCCUCUCGAGCAAGGCGGGCAACUUCGGCAAGUUCAUCACUGUCCUCCUCGGCCUCAGCAUCAUCGGCAACACCGCGCCUUCCAUCUACAGUUUCGGGUUGAGCAUGCCUGCCAUUCUUCCCGCCUUGCGCCACGUACCGCGCUUCGUCUUCCCCCUCGUGGCUAUCGCCAUCGUCAUCCCGCUCUCCAUCGUCGGUGCAAGCGCAUUCUACGAUACGCUCGUGUCCUUCACCUCGGUCCUGGCCUACUGGUCGGCCCUCUUUGUCGCCGUGGUACUCGUCGACCACUGGGUGGUGCGAAGAAACGACAUGGCAUCGUACGAUCCAGCCAUCUGGUGCCAGUGGAAGAAGUUGCCCCUCGGUCUCGCUGCGAUCAUCAGCGCUGUCGUGUCGUUGGCCGUAUUGGUGCCGUCCAUCUCGCAGACGUGGUUCACAGGACCCAUCGCCGAGCAUGUGGGUGACUUGGGCUUCGAGCUCGGUUUCGUCUGCUGCGCACUGCUGUACGCGCCAUUGCGCUUCCUGGAGAAGCGCUUGGUAGGAAGGUAGAGAGCCUUUGUGGCACUCCCUUCGAUCUUUGUGUACAUCCUCCGUUCAUUUCUUCCCUCUGCAUCGCGUCGCAUCGCAUCAAUCCUAGACUCCAUUGCACAUCAUGCCCCACCUCACCGUGCAUUCAGCUCCAAUUGUUGACCUUGUGAAUUGCCGCCCUCUCCAUAAUGAAGCGCCCCU